CCUGACCAUGUGCCCAGGGAUGGAGGUGAGCUCUCCGGCGUGUCCCGGUCCAUCAGUGCCUGUCUGAAAGGCUGCUGACACGGACGGCGCUGUGUUCUCCGCAGGUGGGCGGCUGUGAGCUGACAGAGCAGCGCAGCAUGGCGUGGCUGAAAGCGGUGCCGAGCAGCGAUGAUGUUUUCGACGAGGACGUGGAUGAAAUCAGCCUCCAACACAAAGAGUGGAGAUACAACAUGGAGAAGCGAGCUAAGGAUGGUUACAGAGAUGGAAUGGAUGCGGGAAAAGAGGCUUCACUUCAGAUUGGCUUCAACUUGGGCUAUAGAGAAGGUGCUAUCCAAAUGAAGACCAUCGGCCAGCUCAAAGGAAUAGUUAGUGCUCUGCGGUGUUGGUGUCAAUCUCAGCCCUCUAGGAUAUCAGAGCUACCCCUCAUCACAGAGCUGCUCCAGAGGGUAGAUCAGCAUGAGCAGGAUUUGGUGGAAGCCAUGCGGAAAGCUCAGGAGCGGCCUCCUCCCAGCGUGUCUGAGGUGGCAGGAGAUUUGGAGGACCUGGGUGUAGAGCAGAGCGGCGAUAGGGAGGGUUCUGGUUGCUGUAGGAAGGAUGGAGACAGUGACUGUUGCGGGAAAGAUGGGCAGACGGACUGCCGUGGGCAGGACGAGGACCAGAGUAGGAGCCCGUUCAGGAUGUACUCAAGUAGUUUCUUCCAGACGAGUGAAAGUCUGGAGCAGUUGCUUCAGAGCUGUAGGGAGCUAGUGACUGAAAUGGGGCUGCCUGAAGAGCUGACAUUUCAUAUCCAGCAGCUCAGAUAUGCAUGACUUGGGGCAGGUCACGGUGAUGAGGUUCCGCACGACCUAGCACCCGAACAUUGCUAGGUUGAUAUUACAUUUGAAGUAAAUUAUAUUAGUUCUUUUUCAGACUGUUUGCUUUCCCGGUGAUGGAUUUGCUGUGGAUUUGCUCAUUUUUCCAUUUUCUUUUCCAUCUACAUGACAAAAUGUGCUGGAUUUGUGCAGUUUUUACUUUUGCAAGGGCAUUGCACUGACUGGUCACGUGCAUUUUAAUGGAUUGUUAUUUAAGAUGUAUACUUUGCUUUGUAGGAAUAUUAUUUCAUAAUAACAUCCAUGGCAGAAAAGAAUCAAUUUCAUUGAGUAUUCUUGCAAUUGAGGGCUUUUUUGUGCUGGAUUGUAUUUAUUUUGACUGAUCAAGACCACUUUCAAAACUGUAAUAAAUUAUUAAAUCAUAUUUUUUAUUAUAAUUUUAUGAUAUGCUACCUAUUUGUUCACAUUUGUAUAUGAUUAAAAUGAUUUUACAAAGAAA